AUGUCAUGACGCAGUGGGCGGAGCUCCUGGUUUAAAAGUGGCGGGUGAAGUAUAAGACAAGUAGAGGAAGAAAACAAAAAGAAAAGAAAAAAAAAAGGGUUUUGUUUUGUCUCGGAGCUGUAAAAAGAAGCCGAGAGUAGUUUUGCUGGUUUUAUUUGUAGUUGUGAGUGAGUUUGGUGAGGUUUGAGUGCAGCGCUGUAAACCGGCUCCCCUCAGCAUGAUGGAGGAGGACCGAGUGAUUCCGGUCCGUGUGGCUCUGCGCUGCCGCCCUCUGGUUCCCAAAGAGCUGAAUGAAGGAUGCCAGAGCUGUCUCACGUUCGUGCAUGGAGAGCCACAGGUGGUGGUGGGCAACGAUAAAGCGUUCACAUACGACUACGUGUUUGAUCCCACAACAGAGCAGGAAGAAGUGUUCAAAAGGGCCGUGUUGCCUUUACUCUUGGGCCUCUUGAAAGGUUAUAAUGCCACGGUGCUCGCGUACGGUCAGACAGGCUCAGGAAAGACUUUCUCCAUGGGUGGCACCUACACUUCAGCCCAAGAGAACGAGCCCACUGUUGGGGUCAUCCCCAGAGUGGUUCAGAAAAUCUUUCAGGAAAAGGACAAGAGGACUGACUGUGAAUUCCUCCUCUCUGUUUCAUAUCUUGAGAUUUACAACGAAGAGAUUUUGGAUCUUCUCUGUCCAUCAAAGGAUAAACCAGUUAUUAGCAUCAGAGAAGAUCCAAAGGAAGGCAUCAAAGUUGUAGGUCUGACGGAGAAGGAGGUGUUCACCGCUCAGGAGAUGGUGGGCUGUCUGGAGAUGGGGAACUCUGCCCGUACCGUGGGCUCCACAGCCAUGAACGCUGCCUCGUCCCGUUCCCACGCCAUCUUCACCAUCAGCUUGGAGCAGCGCCGCGGAGGAGACAAAAAUGAUGUCAUGGUCUCCAAACUGCACUUGGUAGAUCUUGCUGGAUCCGAGAGACAGAAGAAAACCAAGGCUGAAGGAGAUCGUCUCAAAGAAGGAAUCAGCAUCAACCGAGGCCUGCUGUCUUUGGGGAACGUGAUCAGUGCUCUUGGAGACGAGAGCAAAAAGGGCACGUUUGUACCUUACAGAGACUCCAAGUUGACUCGUCUGCUGCAGGACUCGUUGGGAGGGAACAGUCACACCUUGAUGAUCGCGUGCGUCAGUCCGGCCGACUCCAACAUCGAGGAGACCAUCAACACGCUGCGUUAUGCAGACCGUGCACGUAAAAUCAAGAACAAGCCGAUAAUCAACGUGGAUCCACAGGCCGCGGAGACGAAACGGCUCAAGCAGCAGGUACAAGAGCUUCAGGUGUUAUUGUUUCAAGCUCGAGGAGGUGUGGCUCCUGUUCUUUCAGGGUCUGAGGAAGCGGAGAACAUGUCAAAGAUUGUGGAGCGUAACCGCAGUCUAAAGGAGGAGAACAGCAAGCUGAGCCGAGAACUGAGUGAGGCUGUAGGACAGACGGCCCUCAUGUGCGAAAGGAUCAUCGUGACGGAGCAAGUCAAUGAGAAACUUCAGAGCAAACUAGAGGAACUGAAGCAGCAUGCUGCGUGUAAAGUGGACCUUCAGAAGAUGGUGGAGACCCUGGAAGAUCAGGAGCUGAAGGAGAAUGUGGAGGUCAUCCGAAGCCUUCAGCAUCUCAUCCUGGAGUUACAGCAUGAGGGUGCAGGGAUCGCAGUCACCAUCGAUGCCAUGACCUCCGGCAAUUCCACGUCUCUGGAGGUCGAGGCAGAGGACAACGCUGCAGACAUGAGCCAGAGUCCUGCCACUGGAUCACCUGUGGCCAGCAAUGCUGAAGCUCAGGACAAAGACUCCCCAGAGACGUUCACUACCCAGCAUGCGCUGAGGCAGGCUCAGAUGUCCAAGAAGCUCAUUGAGCUCAACGAAGUCCUUGCACUUAAAGAGGCAUACGUCAAGAAAAUGUGCCAGAAUGACAGUCACUUGGAGCCUAUACAAGCAGAAUAUCAGGAGAACAUCAAAAACCUCCAGGCUGAGGUUGGAUCCCUACAGAAAGAGAAGGAAGAGCUGAUCCUCGCACUGCACUCUGCAAAGAAGGACACCAAUCAAGCAAAGUUGAGUGAGCAGCGCAGGAAGAGGUUACAGGAGUUGGAAAGGCAGAUGACUGAGCUGAAGAAGAAACUCCAGGACCAGUCAAAGCUUCUGAAGCUUAAAGAGGCCUCAGUGCGCGAUGUUACUAAGCUUAAUCAGGAGAUUCAGGCUAUGAAGGCCCAGCGAGUGCAGCUGAUGAGGCAGAUGAAGGAGGACUCUGAGAAAUUUCGUAUUUGGAAGCAGAAGAAAGAUAAAGAAGUUUUGCAGCUGAAAGAAAAGGAUCGUAAACGGCAGUAUGAGAUGCUGAAGCUGGAAAGGGAUUUCCAGAAACAGGCGAAUGUUCUGCGACGUAAAACUGAGGAGGCUGCUGCAGCGAAUAAACGCCUGAAGGACGCUCUUCAGAAAAGAUGCGAAGUGGCUGAGAAACGCAAAGAGACUCAGAACCGUGGUAUGGAGGGAGCAUCGAGUCGAGUCAAGGCGUGGCUGCUGAAUGAGGUGGAGGUCCUGGUGAGUACAGAAGAGGCUCGACGCCACCUCCAGGACCUGCUUGAGGACAGGAAGAUGUUGGCUGAGGAGAUCACGCAACUCCGCCAGCAGAUGGAGUCUGGAGAUAAACCUGUGGCUAAAGUGCGCCGCCGCACCCUGACCAUCUCUGAGCUGGAGGGUAAAGGAGAGCUGGAGGCUUCCAUCAGUAAACAAGUGGACAACCUGGAGACUGAGAUGGCACUCAGGAGUGCUCAGAUCGCUGACCUUCAGCAAAAGGUUCUGGAUGCUGAUAACGAAGGUCGAAUGAAGCAGCGCUGGGACUCGAUCACCACUAUUGCAGAGGCCAAGAUUGCCUUGAAAAUUCUCAUGUCUGAAGUUGUUGCCUCCAAGACCGCAAACGCGAAGCUGGAGAGUGAGCUGAAGCAGGAGCAGGCAAACCACCUGGACCUGCAGAAGGUGCUCUGUGAUGAGAGGAAACUGAUGUCCACUAUGGAUAUGGAGCACCAGAGCCACCUUGUGGAGCUUGAGCAGAGACACCAAGAAAAGGUUCUUUAUCUCCUCAGUCAGCUACAGAACAAACCUGAGGAGGAGGAAGAGGAGAAGCAGGAGAUCUCCAAGAGGGAGAGAGAGCUGCUACAGCGUCUGAAGUUUCAGGAGGAGGAGCUUGAGAAGAUGCAGGAACUCCUGGCAGAAGUGGAAAAAUACAAACAGAAAUUACUUCUGGCUCAGCUGACAAGUGCAAAGAAAGCAGCUCCGGUAUCAAACGAGUCACCGGACACAUCAUUCGAAUAUGUUCCUCCGAAGCCGAAAGCCAAAAUGUCCACGGCGCGAGCACCUCUGCAGGAACCCAUCAUUGACCUGGAUGAGCUGGUGUCUCCAUCAGAGUCUGAGGAGGAGGAUGAGUGGCGUCCAGACAAGAAGGAGAAAAACAGACGGGGCUCUAAGAAAUCUAAAAUGACUGGGUGCGCAUGUAAAGGCCGAUGUGUCAAUAAACUGUGCCGCUGCCGCAAAGGACGAAUGACGUGUGGUGAGAACUGCCUCUGUGACCGUGAGAAGUGUCGCAACAUGGACACGUGUUCCAGCAUGGAUGUUGCGGAGAUAAACGACACAUCCAAAGAAUCUGUUUCUGUUCCUGAAGACCCCACAGCUGUAAGCCCUCAAGAUGCCACCUUCUUCAGACCUCCAUGUGUUCCACCAACUAAAAAGGAAAUUGGGGACAUGAGCAACCUGUCUUCAGUUCUGAAGCUGGAGAAGAAACCAGUAGCUGCUGAUGUGGACAGUGAGGAAUCUGAGGACGCCACCAUGCCCAGCUUUCUGCGUAAGAACAAGAGAGGACUGAGCAAUUUCAAAAACAGCUUCUUCUCUGGCUGCACUCCUGUUCGAGAGGAAUCGUGAGGUAGUGGAGACACUUGCACACCUUACUUUUCUCUGAUUUUAGUCUUUUUACUUUUUUCUUUUAAAUGUCUGUCUGUCUUCUAUCUGUCUGUCAGCAGGGUUUUUGUGUUUUUAAAUGGCUCUUUCACUAAACACUAUUUUGGUAGUGUGAAAUUUUUUUUUUUUAAAGCAGUACCUUACUGUAGUCAAAUCAGUAAAUGACUAAUCACUGAUUUGUAGCUUUUACAUUUGGAUGAAUUCUGUAGAUGUUUCUUAGAUGUCUGUCAGAUUGAAGAUCUCAAUAAAAUGGUUUAAAUGUGUUCUGAGCAUUUUCAUUUUGAUUUACCAAACCAACAAGCCAUUGUGGUUUUUAUUUUAUUUUUUUUAUUUUAUUAAAAUGAAGAUUCUCAACAUUGUGCUCUGUGUUUGGGGAGCUGUGACCUUUUAUUCAGUCGGUGUGGUUUGUUUAACAUCAGGUAAAUAUGUUCAUGAAGGACGUCACUGAAAUGCUUCAGCCAGAAAGUGUUCAGAUGUGUUUGAACACCUUGCAGUGGCUCAAAUGGCGACGGCAUCGGCCAUGUGGACUCUCGCCAAACACAUUUAUCAGUGUAGUGGGUUUUUUUUUUUUUUAAACUAAAAAUCCACCACAUUUGUAUUCUCUGGCAUAAAGAGGAAAAGAACCAGCCAGCCUGUUACAGCAUGAAGUUCAAAAGCCAGCAUCGGUGAUGGUAUGGGGGGUGUUUUGUGCCCAUGGCAGGGGGAACUUUCACAUCUGUGAUAAUUCCAUUAAUGCUGAAAGGUUCAUACGGGUUCUGAAGCAACAUGCUGCCUUACAGAUGUGUCUUCAGGGAUGUCCCUGUUUAUUCCAGCAAGUCCAUGCCAAGCCAUGUUCUGCGUGUGUUAGAACAGCAUCAGGGUUCUAGCUGGGCCUUUUCAGCAUGCAGGGUUGAUGUGCAAGGCUUCCUUACCGCUAUGCCCUACAAUAUUGCUAACAUGCCUGUAGAAGUUGCUGCUACACUUUUUGAUAAGUCUUUUUACAAGUGUUUUGAAUUUUUCUUGUCCAAGCAGUGGUGACAGCGCACCCCCACAUGCGACUGUUCUGCAUUCGGACAUACUCCACUCCCUGUCCAGGUGAGCACCCAGGGCCCGAGUAGUUCUGUGGGGAGAUGGUCCCUGAUCAUGCUAGUCCAGUUUACCCCCUUCCUUCUAUUGUGUUCACAGUAAAGUGCCAUCCAUAUUAAGAGGUGCUUGCGUCUCAUGAAUGUAAUGCACGCCAGUCCCCGAGUUAGAUCUGGAUACUCCAUGUAUUGUAAUAGCUGAAGGUGAAAAUAAAGCUGACCCCUAGUGAA